CUGAAUUUUAACAAAAUAACGGGAGAGGAGAGAGUGAGCGAGCGGGACAGAGGGAGCAGUCAGCAACAUGUAGCCUCGCCGAGUGGAGGAAAAGGUCGAAACUGUGUGUGCGCGUGAUUAUCUGCUUUUUUUGUGUGUGUAUGUGUGAGUGGGGAGGGGGGGUGACACGUUUUUUUCCCCGUUUCAUCCCGAGGACAUUAUCCCGCAACAUUAGAAUUCGACCAGGCUCUAUGCCGCAGGACAUGUCCAGCGGAGGGAUGGACGGAUGGAUUGUGGUGCACGGAGAGAAGACGCGGAGAGCAAAGAGAGAAGAAGAGUGUCGGGCUCCUGAGAACAGGUCUCCUGUCCUUAUCAGGUGAAGCACUGUGAGCCACCGACCUCCCCUUCUCUCCUCCCUCCCUUCUGCCCCAAAGACGUCACCCACUACCCCAAAACCCCACCUGGCCUCACCUGCCGAACCCCAUCGGACUGCUGCCACUGGCCCUCCCCUUACCCCAUGGUGGCCCCAAGGCCCGCCCUCUCACUGCUGUUGGCUGUCCUGGCCUGCACGGGGCCCGUGCGCCCCUCGCCCCCCCUACUGCUGCGGCCCCGGGAGAGAGAGAGGGACUCGGGUGGGGUCAACAUCGCUGUGGUCCACUCGGGCUCCUCCCUGCUCCCGGAGACGGCGGUGGUGGGAGGCACGGGGGUCGGCGAGCCGGGGAAGGGGCAGGGGCAGGGGCCCGGUCCGGGAAACGGUCCAGGAGGAGGAGGUGGAGGAGGAGGAGGAAGGGGAGUAACGGAUACAGCUUCGUUCGAAGGAGUAGCUGCGAUGGCCUCGUUUUCCUCCUCCUUCUCAUCAUCCCUGUCCCUGGCGGCACUCAUAGGGGAGACGGUGAUGACGCCGUCGGGUCAGGCCAACGUCAUCUACCUGGCUGUGAAUGAGAGCAGCCCGGGCACCCUGCUGCUGCAGCUGUGUGAGCUGCUGGCCACCACACCACUUCAGGGUUUGGUGUUUGAGGAAGAGAGACCGCCGCCUCCGAACCGCGCCCCUCUGGCCCCCAUGCUGGAGUUUGUCUCCGCCCAGACUGGGGUUCCUGUGGUUGCCGUAGGGGGAGGGGCCAGCCUGGGACGAGAGCCACAGGAAAGUGGCUCCAUCUACCUCCAGUUCACCUGCUCCACCUCCCUCCAGCUCGAGGUGAUCUUCGAGGUGCUCGAGGAGUACGACUGGACCUCCUUCUCUGUAGUGACCACCCGUCACCACGGCUAUGAGGACUUCCUGGCCAUGGUGGAGGGUAUGACGGACGGUUCAUUCAUCGGCUGGGAAAAGAAGAGUGUGGUGAUUCUCAACGUGACGGAUGACCCCGGAGGGGCCCGAGCCAAACGGAUGCUCAAAGACUACGAAGCCCAGGUCCGUCUGCUGUACUGCUCCCUGGAGGAGGCUGAGCUGGUUUUCCGGGCGGCCUUGGCGGCGGGUCAGGCCGGGCCCAGUCACAUGUGGUUCGCCGUGGGACCGGCCCUGUCCGGUUUGGGCCUGGAGGGGCUGCCCAAGGCCUUGUUCGCUAUUCGGCCGCAGGGCUGGAGGGACGAGCCUCGAAGGCGCAUUGCCAAAGGCGUCUCUGUGCUCACCCACGGGGCGAUGGCUCUGCGGAGGGACCAGGGGCCCAGCAGCCGGUCGCAGUACGCCGGCAACUGCCAGAGUGACGGCAACCAGACCCACCGAGUGCCAGACAGAAUCAGGUACUUCACCAACAUAUCCAUCGGUGGGCGGGAUUAUUCCUUCAACAGCGACGGCUACCUGUCCAACCCGCUGCUCGAUGUCAUCUCCUACACCAGUGGGAGAGGCUGGGAGGAGGUUGGCUGGUGGGAGAAUGGCCACCUGCGUCUGCGUUACCAUCCCUGGUCUCGUUACGGCUCCUUCCUGAAGCCUCUGGAUGACUCACAGCACCUCCGAGUGGUCACCCUGGAGGAGAGGCCAUUCGUCAUCGUGGAGCCGGCUGACCCAGGCACCAGCUCCUGUAUCCGGGACUCUGUACCCUGUCGAAUGCCCGUCAACACAAGCUUGGUGGUGGAUGGCACAGGGCCCAUGAAGCAUUGCUGCAAAGGGUUCUGCAUCGACGUCCUCAAGCGACUGGCAAAAAUAGUGGGUUUCACUUACGACCUUUACCUGGUGACCAAUGGGAGGCAUGGGAAGAACAUUGACGGGGAGUGGAACGGCAUGGUCGGAGAGGUGGUGUCCAACAGAGCUGACAUGGCCAUCGGUUCUCUUACCAUUAACGAAGAGAGGUCAGAGGUCGUAGAGUUCUCCGUUCCGUUCGUGGAGACCGGCAUCAGCGUCAUGGUGUCUCGCAGCAACGGCACCGUGUCGCCUUCUGCUUUCCUUGAGCCCUACAGCCCGGCGGUGUGGGUGAUGAUGUUUGUGAUGUGCCUGUCGGUGGUGGCUGUCACCGUCUUCAUCUUUGAGUUCUUCAGCCCCGUGGGAUACAAUCGCAGCCUGCAGAGCGCCAAGAAGUCAGGUGGAUCCAAGUUCACCAUCGGGAAGUCCGUCUGGCUGCUCUGGGCGCUGGUCUUCAACAACUCUGUGCCUGUGGAGAAUCCCAGAGGAACCACCAGCAAGAUCAUGGUGCUGGUGUGGGCCUUCUUCGCUGUCAUCUUCCUGGCCUCCUACACUGCCAACCUGGCUGCCUUCAUGAUCCAGGAGGAAUACAUCGACACGGUGUCAGGGCUGUCGGAUAAGAAGUUCCAGCAGCCAACGGAGCAGUACCCGCCGCUGCGUUUCGGAACGGUGCCGAACGGCAGCACAGAGGAGAACAUCCGCUCCAACUACCCCAACAUGCACCAGUACAUGAUCCGGAACAACCAGAAGGGUGUGGAGGAGGCCAUUGAAAACCUCAAGUCUGGGAAACUGGAUGCCUUCAUUUAUGACGCCGCGGUGCUGAACUAUAUGGCCAGAAAGGACGAGGGCUGCAAGGUGAUGACCAUCGGCUCUGGUAAGGUGUUUGCCACUACGGGCUACGGCAUCGCCCUGCACAAGAACUCCCGCUGGAAGCGGCCGCUGGACCUGGCUCUGCUGCAGCUGGUUGGAGACGAUGAGAUUGAUAUGUUGGAGCGUCUCUGGCUGUCGGGUAUCUGCCACAAUGAUAAGAUCGAGGUGAUGAGCAGCAAGCUGGACAUAGACAACAUGGCUGGGGUCUUUUACAUGCUGCUGGUGGCCAUGGGCCUCAGCCUCCUGGUAUUUGCCUGGGAGCAUCUGGUGUACUGGAAAUUACGCCACUGUGUGAAGCGAUCUGGUGGGAUGGACUUCCUCCUGGCUCUCAGCAGGGGGAUGUACAGUUGCUGCCAGUUUGAGGAUGAGACAGCACCAGGAAGUAGCUCUUUGCCCCAAUACCACGCCAUGACCGCCAUGUCCACUGCAGCCCAACAACACCUUGUGACAGCCACAAUAAAUAACACGACCGCCAUUGCCAUGGUUCAGCAGCAACAGCACCAAAAGCACCACCAACAACAGCAGCAAGGGCCGACCUAUACCACCAUGCUACCCGGGUCGCCACAAACUACAGGACACUCAGCAAUGGCUCUAGGACCCUCAAACAGCCCCUUGCUCGAAGGCCCCAUGCCCUGCUCCAGCUUCUUGCCUCGCCAUGACCGCAGACUUGCUGUGGUCGAUCGCUGGAACAGAUCAAAGCCAGAGAAGGUCAUGAGUGGAGGAAGUGGUGGUGGAGUGGGUGUUGGGGGAAUAGCAGGAGGGAUUACUGAACUUCAGGCCCCGCAGUAUCAGCUGAAUCUUGGACAGCACUGGAGCCUGCAAGGUGGAGUUGCAGGCGGAGCAGGGGGAGGUGACACAGGGAUAGAUGAAUAUAAGCACUACUAUGGUCCUAUAGAUCCAGAGGGGCUAGGAGCCAAUGCUGAACAACAGGCAACAGGCCCCCAACAGACUCCCAAAGCUAAUCCUAGAGGCCCCAAAGCCUCAGGGAUGCAGCGGCUGCCUCCUAAAGGCCCCCAACAAGGCCCAGGGCACUUAAUCCCAAAGCCACCUCCAACGCUCCCAUCUUCCCCACGAAGGCCUCCUUUCUGGCGACGAGGAAGCCUAGCUCAGGCAAGGAGAAAAAGCUCAGCAGGUCCCCUGUAUGAGAAUAUACUCCCUCUGGGUAGAAGAGGAGGUGGGAGGUAUGGUGCAAGCGAUGGAGGUGGAAGGAGAGGGCGACGUCCUCCACCACCUCUGCCUGUCCCACUCUCGUCCCCUACCCACACUCCUACCACUCCCUCCUCUCCAUGCCGUUUCUACUCCUCCUGCUCCAGUGCCUCGUCCUCUUCCUCUUCCUCUUCAUCGUCAUCAUCUUCUUCUUCAUCCUCUGUCUCACAGUCUCGGUCGAAUUCCCCGUCUUCUUGCUCCAGUGACAGCUCCUACAACUCUUCAUUGAGUUUCCGGUAUCGAGCAGGCGACCGGGAUUUUAGGGUUGAUGAUGACAAUGAUUCAGAUUUGCUUACAGAGGAGUCCAGCCUUCUCCUGGGAACACGGAGGAAGAUCCGUUCCCGUCGCAUGUCAUCGCGCUCGCUGCCGUGCAGCCCACCACCUCCACCAAUUCCGCCCCGGAAGCCACGCCCUCAGAGGGAUUAUGGCAGAGAGAGAACAGGCAGCCAGCUGGUACAAUUACAGGAGUGGUGGGCAUCGUGGGGAGACAGAGAGCGAGGGCGGGGAGGAACAACAAGCAGAGGAGAGGGAGAAGUAGUAGGUAGAGAGGAAAAGAGACAUCACAAAGAGAGGGAACGUGAGAGGAAGAGGAGGAAGAAGGGCAGGAAGAAGAAGAAGAGGGAGGAGAGAGAAAGAGAAAGGGAGCGAAAACGGCGCAAAGCAAAGAAGAGGAAGAAAGAGGUUAGGAUGAAGAAAAGAGACCAGAAGAGGUCAGAGCAGGAGGGAGGAGAUGCUGAAAAAAGAGAGGAACUCAAAUCAGGGACACCAGAUUACCCAUCAUACCCAGGCCUGAGGCGAGAGUCUUUUCGGAAAAAGAGUGAAAGUUCAAUCCGAAGCUAUGGAUGGAACAUCCCAGGUGAAGAGGAGAGGAAGGGAAGAGAAGAGAAAGACAGGGAUGAUGGGGCAGAAAUCAGAGGAAAAGAAAGACAAAGCAGGAGAAGGAACAGCAAGAACUUUCCUAGCUCAAGCAGUAAGCCUUCGACAUCUGUCAAAUUCUGGGGAGGGGUCAACGUAUCCUCCGACACCAUUCCAUCUGCCUUUCUGCCCUUGUUGCCUGUCUCUUCUAAAAGGAGGAAGAGUAAAAAUUCAGACCGGGAUGCUGUAGGUAUGGAAGUAGAGAGGAGGCCACUGCUAGGACGGGAUGGAAGAGCUGAGAUGCCCUCCAAGGAGGGGUUAUCUUUCCACGAGUGGGAGUCCGGAGCAGAAGGUGAGGAAGAAGAUUCUGAGCUAGAGAGGAGGAAAGCGGACCGUGGAAAGAGGCGUGGAGGAGGAAGGACAAUGUCAGAUGAGGAGCGGGAACGUGAUAAGGUAGUCGGGAUAUAUUCGGAUGAUGAUGGUUCUUCAGGAGAAUUCGGGAAGUUUGAGAGGUACUGGGAGGAUCAUGAAGGCAGGGCAGUAGGAGGGAUCGGCGGGGGUGGUUGGUUUUUCAGCACCUACCCCUCCAGGGAUAAAACCGGCAGCGUCAACAGUAGAGAUGACCUGUUCUUGGAGCGAGGAGACAGGUGGGGGACAGCAGAAAGUGGAUGGGGGUCAAUUGGAGGUGGAGGAGAUGGAGGAGAUAGAGUGUGGGGAUCAGGACCACGCUGGGCCCCUACUCCGCUCACGCCAUCACCUCCUCGACGAUACUGGUCAGUCGACAAACUCCACAUACAGGAUGAGAAGAAGAGUAAACGCAAAUCAAAGGACAAGGGAAGAGGGCGCGCAGCUUGUUCCUCCUGUCAUUCUCCCCGACACCAUCCGCACUCCCAUUCCUCAAAGUGGGCCCGCAUGACCUCGCGAAGCCAGGAAGAGCUUUAUCACCGGAGUUUUGGUGGUCCCUUGAAGCCAAAACCUGACUCCUCAUCCUCCUCCAAACCUGAGCGCUCACAGAAUCCACCCAAAUCUGGCAGCCAGUCGAACCUCAGUAUACUGCAGCGAACGCAAAGAACAGAUAGAGAUCGAGGACGGCAAUCAUCAUCCCCACCCCCGAGUCUCAUAUCAAACUUGCCACCACCACUCCCUGCCCUUCCAGCUCCUCCAUCUUCAUCUCACCCUAUCCACGUUCCUCCACCUGCCUCCUCCUCUUCUGUAUCCUCCCCCUCUGUUGUCUCAUCCACUCCGGGGGCACCCCAGCCCUCCUCCAUGGCUUCGGCAAGUGCUAAACUACAGUACCAGAGGUUGCGCUCUGUACCCCAACCCCAGAGGUUUCCUCAGUCUCCUCACUUACCCCUCAAAGCCAAGAGCCUUUGCUCAAGAAGGGGCUCAGCCCAUUUCUCCAGCGUGGAGAGUGAGGUCUGAAGUUCAACAAGGUAUAAAAAGUCAUAAGAGAGCCCUGCCAGGCUGAGUCGAAGCAGAUGAUCUUGAUCUGAAUCUGCCCAGCAGGAAAUAUGGCUGUGCGGCCAAGUCAGUAGAGUAUACGCACUGAGCCCUUUCCUAAAGUUCUGCACAAACAAACAAACCAGAAAGCCAAACAAACCCUAUGGGGUAGGUCAAAGGGAAACAUAAGCAAUGGUGUGCUUACUGUUAUUUCCUUUCAUCCCUCUCAGUAUGUGAAUGACUACAACCACAGCAACAACUUGCAUCCUGAACUGGGUUAUUAACCAAUACACUAAAAGCAAAUCGGACAUUUAAGGUGGUACAGCUGAAGAUGACUCCUUUGCUAUAAAAGUAAAGGGCUUUGGAUGUUGAAGCAGAGCAGUAGUUUGUAUUCUUAAUGCUUACUGAGGGCUCAGGAACUUUGUAGUACUGUAUGCCUGCUGCUCUCGGAAGCCUUUAACACAAAACAGUGUUCUUAUAUUUUUCCCUUAAAAAAAAAUGGCUUACCCCUAUUGUCCUUUUUUCCUUAACAAACUGUUUACACCCCCGCAGAACUGUGACACCCUCCCGAAGCACCUUUGUUGUGUGUGAUGAAUACCUUCUUGUUGAGAGGGAGAGGAGGGUGAUAACUACCUUGUCUUCUCGGUGUUUUCCAUGCAACCUAUCCUGUUCUCUUCUCUUUUGUUCUACCCGGUUUCCCAUUCUUUCUAUCUUUCUCUUCCUUACUUCCUUCGUCACUUUAUUCAAGUGUCUUGUCUCCUCAUCUCUCUUGUCCUCCCCUCUUGGGUCCUCUCCUCGAUGUGAUUAUUCUGUGUGUCUGUGCUUUUCUGUGUUUGUAUUCUUGACAACAGGGUAAGUCAACUGUGACUGAUAUUCUACUGGCUUAAUGAAAAGCUGAGUGCCAAACUUAAGUAGAGCUCGACAUCAAUCUGUACAACCUUAGCUGCUAUCUUUACUUUUAUCGUGCAGAGUAUUCCACCAUCUCUCAAAUAUGUGCACAUUCAAAUACACACACAUAAAAGUGCACCCAAACACUUGCAUACAUGCACAUGCAAUUCAUCUAUUCUCUUUAUUCACACUCUGUUCAUGCUACAAUCUUAUACUUUGAAACUUUUCUUUUACUUCCGUGUUGUAGAUGUUGUUCGUAUUGAUUGUGUUCUAUAUAUCAAGACAUGUAUUUUACAUCUAAUACAAUGUAAGCACUGUGCCAUACUACUCAAGCUGCACAUCGUCACCUUCGUAAAAUAAUGGCCCAAGUUAUUCUUUCAGGUUUUUCAGAAAACACAAAAUAAAACGGCCUAAUGGUGUGUUCACACCAAACGCGGCACGAAUUAUUCACGCGAGUAGAUUACAUACAAAGUCUAUGCACAGACGCGGCGCGAAUUUGCGAUGGCGCAGCGCAAUUGACGCAAAUUCGCGUCCGACGCCAAAUCGCCCCAAAGGCGUGAGUUGAAAUUUUUCAACUUCGGCGAAAUAUUCGCGUUAUGCCC